AUGUGUGCUCCUUUUUUUGACAUGACAAAAGGAGUGGGGACAGUAAAAGCAUCACUUUCCUCGCUAUUCUGCAUUUGCCGGACGAAAGCUGGAGUUUACAGCUCACCUUUCUUCUUCAACCUUCUUCUCCCCACAAAAGAAAACCAAAAACUAGUAAUCAAGAAGAAGAAACAGAGUUCUAAUGGAUCUGUGUUCAACGCCCAACCUCCAUUUCCUUUCUUAUCCAUUGCAACUAAGGGCAAUCGCCAACCUCCAUCUCGUAAUCCUAUUUAUAUUCCAUCUCCACCUCUAUCUUCUCCUUCUCCACCUCUACCUCCAUCUCCAUCUCCAUUUCCCUCUCCUGCUGUUGUUGUUGCUGCAUCUCCAUCUUCACCAGCAGAUUCUGCUGCUGUUGUUGUUGCUCCAUCUGCAUCUUCACCAGCAGAUUCUUCUCAAAGAAAACCAAGGCAACUCAUAAUAAUCAUACUUGGGUCCAUUCUCGGAGCUUUCUUUGUUGUUUUUGUUGUGGUUGGCUUCUGCUUUUAUCUUUUUAGAAAUAAAGGAGAAUCCAAGGAACUUGAUGAAUUCUCUGUCGAUCAAGUACCAGGGAUUCCUACCAGGUUCUCUUACAAAGACUUGAGAGCCAUGACAUGCAAUUUCAACGAUGAGAUCGGGAAAGGAGGAUUUGGGUCAGUGUUUCAAGGGAAAUUAAACAAUGGCACCAAAAUAGCAGUGAAGCAUCUCAAUGGUUUUGAUCAUGUUAAGAAGUCAUUCUUAGCUGAAGUUGAGACAAUAGGCAGCAUUCACCAUGUCAAUUUGGUAAGAUUAAUUGGAUUUUGUGCUGAAAAAUCAAAUCGUCUUCUAGUUUACGAGUAUAUGUCCAAGGGAUCCUUGGAUACAUGGAUCUUCCACAGGCACCAAGACCUUGGGUGGCAAUCCAGAAAGAAGAUCAUCAUGGAUAUAGCCAAGGGACUAAAGUAUCUCCAUGAGGAAUGCAGGCAGAAAAUACUUCACUUGGAUAUCAAACCCCAAAACAUCCUCUUAGAUGAAGACUUCAAUGCGAAAAUUUCUGAUUUUGGAUUGUCAAAACUAAUUGAUAAGGACAAAAGUCAAGUUGAAACAAGAAUGAAGGGAACCCUAGGCUAUUUGCCUCCCGAAUGCUUGAAAUCAAUUUUCUCUGAGAAAGUAGAUGUUUAUAGCUUUGGUGUCGUGGUCUUAGAAAUGUUGUGUGGGCGCAAAAAUUUGGAUAGUUCUCAACCUGAGGAUUUACUAGAUCUAUUUAAGAGGAAAGCAGAAGAGGAACACCUUAUGGAUAUUGUUGAUAAAUGCAAUGAUGACAUGCAGACACAUAGAGAAGAAGUUGUGAAGAUGAUGAGGGUUGCUGUGUGGUGUCUACAAAGUGAUUUUUCUAGGAGGCCAUCAAUGUCAGUGGUGGUUAAGGUCCUGGAGGGUUCUGUAGAAGUUGAAAACAAUUUGGGUUAUGACUUCACAACUCCUGUGGUACGAAGAGCAAACAGAGUUGCUGGAAACCAAGAGGAUGCCACUGGUGCUACUGCUAGCCCAUCAGUUUUAUCAGGACCAAGAUAA